CGUCGUCGUUGAGAUGUUAGUUUCACUGCAUCAAAUAAAAACCAACCUACAAAGCUAGGAUUGAUCUGUCUGUGUGUUUGAGAUAGACGGAAUGGCGCUUCGGAGAACCGGGACUUCCUGCACAUCGCGCCUCCGCAAGGUUGAGGUCCGGGACUGUGCCCUAGUCGUGUCGGCCGUCCUCUCGGCCACCCUCCUCCUCUACAUACACCUUCUCGACCUCCACCAACAGACGACCAUUUCUUCUCCUGCUCCUCCAUCGGGGCCAUUGCCCCUCCAUCACCUCCUCUUUUCCAUCGCGUCUUCUUCUGCAUCCAUUCAUUCCCGCGCCUCAUACAUCCGCGUUUGGCACGCUCCAAUUUCUCGACUCAACACCACUUUCCUCUUCCUGGAUCGUCCGCCGCCUCAGCCUCAGCCGGCAGCCUCUCUCCCUCCCAUCAUCAUCUCUCCGAACGCCUCGUCGCGUCACAUCGGCCACCGCAUCGCUCGAGUCGUUAGAGAUGCUGUUGCCCUUGACGUUCCAGGGAUUUACUGGUACGUUUUUGGUGACGACGAUACCUUGUUAUUUACUGAGAAUAUAGCGAGGAUCUUGUCCAAGUAUGAUCACAAUCAGUGGUAUUACAUUGGGUGUAAUUCCGAGAGCUAUGAACAGAAUGACAAAUUCUAUUUCGAUAUGGCGUUCGGCGGUGGCGGGUACGCCAUUAGUGCCCCUCUAGCUAGGGUUUUGGCACAGGUUCUUGACUCUUGCCUAAACAGGAAUGCCCAUUUGUAUGGAAGUGAUGCUCGGAUUUUCUCUUGCUUAGCUGAGCUUGGCGUCCAAUUGACAGUUGAACAAGGAUUCCAUCAGGUUGAUGUUCGGGGAAAUCUUCAUGGAUUGUUGUCUGCACAUCCAUUAUCACUCAUGGCAUCACUGCAUCAUAUAGAUGCUGUAGAUCCCAUCUUCUCUUUCAUGAGCAGGACUGAGUCUUUAGAACAUCUUUUCAAAGCUGUGAGUCUUGAUCCUGCCAGAAUUUUCCAACAGACAGUUUGCUAUGAUGCAAACAGUUUGAUAACCGUAUCUGCAUCUUGGGGUUAUGCUGUUGAAAUAUAUGAAGGAAAUCAACAUCUUCCUGAACUUCUUUCCUUUCAGAGAUCUUUUAGGCCAUGGAAAAGAGGGAAAAAUGUGGCCUCUAGCCGGUUUAUGUUUAACAUGAGGGAGUACCCGAAUGAUCCAUGCAAAAGACCUGUCGUUUUCUUUCUGCAUUCUGCAGUUAGAGAUACAGAUGGGGUAUGGACCAAUUACACUAGACAUGAGGCUAGAAAUUGUACUAGAGCCAAAGUUAUUGAGAAAUUUAAAGUAGUUCGUGUUUUCUCGCCUGUUGUAAGAUUUGAUAUGGAACAGAUGAAGGCACCCCGUCGUCAUUGCUGUGUUAUUUCAUCAUCUUCAGAUGAAGACAUAACCAUCCAAAUAAGGAAUUGUGGGAUUUUUGAACUAAUUGCCAUGAGGGGAUAAAUGUGGUAUUUCCUUCUUAGUGAUAUACUGGAACUAUAGUUGACACGUGAAGCUUUCUUUUAGUCCAGAUUUAUCAGCUUCAUCGAAUGCUUUAUCUUCAAAAACUUCACUUGCACAUAUUGUCUUUGGCAUUGCUUCCAGUGAGAAGUCUUGGGGGACUAGAAAAGAUUAUGUUAGGCUGUGGUGGAGGCCCAAAGAAAUGAGGG